AUGCAGACCACAGCUAAAGACCUCGCUGGCAAAACAAUCCCCCAGAGCCAGCGCUGGGUAUACUCAACGACUGCCCUGGCAAACACAAGGCUGCGCUCCCUCUCGAUGAAUGUUGCUCUAAUCGGAGCAUUUGUUGCCUUCAAUCAGUCGGCUACUGGCCACAGAUUCUACCAGUAUAUUGAUCAGCAGUACGGCAUCUACAACGUCAAUGUCUGGGGCACAUUUGUGGUCACCUCGGUGUUUUUCUGGGCAUGGUCGGCCGUCUUUGCUAUCCCAGACUUGACUGCUUGGCCGCGGUGGCUUUUCAAAUAUAAAACACAGCCGUUCAUCCGGGUUGAUGGUCGAUCCUACAGCCGAAUUGCUCUCAUCUCACUGCGAAACCAAGUUCUCGUGGCUUUGCCUGUGAUAUAUUUGAAUGCGUUGACGAGUCCGCUGAAGCCAGUCCACCCCGCAGCUUUACCAUCGCCAUUAGAGACAAUCGCCACUGCCCUGUUUGAUAUCCUCUGCACCGAAGUGGGGUUUUACUAUAUCCAUCGGACUUUUCACUCCAAAUCGCUCUAUGCGACUUUCCACAAACAGCAUCAUGAAUUCACUGCCCCUGUCGGACUCGCCUCGACGUAUUGCACCGUGACUGAGCAUAUAUUUUCAAACCUGUUGCCGAACGCCCUUGGCACACUGCUGGUUCCACAUCACUGGUCCCAGGCGACCUUUACUUUUCUGCUACUGGAAUUCGGCACGAUCUGUACGCAUUCCGGGUACAACAUCCCCUGGCUGCCGUCCAAUCUUCAACAUGAUUUUCAUCAUUUCGCGUUUGAUGAGAACUUUGGACCAACUGGGUUGCUUGACGGUUUCCACCAGACAAACCGAAAAUACGUAAGGACUCUUGAGGAGGCGAAAUUGCGAGUUGGGGGUGACGAAGAAAAGGCCAGAUCCCUCAUUCUUGAGCGAUUGGCUAGCAACACUAUGAGCAAGUGA